AUGGCGGAUUCUGAAGAUGAGCCACAAGAAGCCAAGAAGGCAAAAGUAGACAGGACUUCCAGGUUCACAUAUGAAAGUGUAGAUUGGUCAAUAUGUAUAUUUUGCCAGAAAAAGAAGUACAAAGGCGUAAAAGAGCUUAUAAGUGUUGCCAGCUUUGAUUCUUGUAAAGCGAUUGUAGACGCUGCUAUUGCUCGUGAUGACCAGCGAUUGCUUUUAAAUAUCAAAGGCGUUGAUUUGAUAGCGAAAGAAGCGAAGUAUCACGGAAAAUGUCGAAGCAAAUAUGUCAGUAAGACAAACCUAAAAUGUCUCAGUUACAAGGAAGACAAUGAAGAGGAGGAGUGUAUGUAUUCCGCAGCGUUUGCUAUGUUAGUGGAUGAAAUUACUCCUGGAUUAUCUUAAGGAAAGAUUUAUGACAUGAGCCAUUUGUUAGACCGCUAUAAGCAGGUAUUGGAAGUCAAAGGCAUUUCUUGCACCAAUUAUCGCAGCGAAAAGCUCAAAAGAAGAAUGAGAGGCCAUUUCUUAGACCAAAUAGUCAUCGAGAAGCAGAACGACCCUUCGAAGCCCGAAUUAAUUUAUUCCAGUCAUUUGUCAGUUGCAGACAUAGUAAAGACAUCAGUCUCUCAGCAGUCCAGUGAAGAUUUUGAAGUCGAUGAGGACACGAGACAGGAUAUGGAAAAGGAUAAGGCUAGCAUUUUGUACCAAGCAGCCCAGAUAAUAAAGAAUGACAUCAAACAGUGCAAUGGUAUUUCAAUCAAGCCAUUGUGUGUAGACGAUGUGUCCAUAGAGAAGGGCAGGUGUCUAAUACCGGAAAGCCUUUACAGUUUUCUUUCAGAGGUUAUCUCUAGGCAAGACAAAAAGGCCACUACCGUGUCGGAUGGAGCUACUCUUAGUGCUGAGAAAGGAAGACGCGUAGUUAUGCUAGGUCAGGAUAUAAUUCAUGCCGCGACCAAUAGUCAGGUGAAAACACCGAAACACGUAGGUUUGGCAGUCACCAUACAUCAUUUAACAGGGUCUAAGGAAGUCGUGACUUUGUUAAACAGAAUGGGGCACUGUUCUUCAUAUGAUGAUGUCGAAAUCGUAAACACAGCGUGGGCAAGAGAGAUGGAGGCACGGAGCCAACAAACUGGAAUAGUCAUCCCAUCAAACAUUACCGUCGGCCCAUUUGUCCAAUUCGCUGCCGACAAUAAUGACUUCAACGAGGAAACUCUAGAUGGCAAACAAACUACACACGCCACAACGCUAGUAGUGUAUCAGCGUCAGCCUUUUGGACCCCAACUCCCACCGAAGAUCCAGGCCGACCACUCCUCUAGAAGAAGAUCUUUAGAGCAGCCAGUUCAGGGUCAACUCAUGCACGAGUGCAGUGUGCAUGGUAAGCGUCCUGCGUUGACCUCUUUCGUAGGAAGGGCAGAAGACAACUUUGAAUGUAGAGACGAUUGCACAACAACUCAGAAUGUAAGAGAACUGGCAUGGUUUCUGCUCAGGCUGAAUAGAAAAAACGUAUUGAAGGCCGAUGAUACCUAUGGAGAGCAAUCAGUUUCCGGAUGGAGCGCAUUCAAUGCCGAAAUGUCUUCCAUCACGUUGCCUCGCACCGUCAUUGGGUACUGCCCGAUGAUUGCUGGAUCGCCAACAGAGUACAGUACCAUCUAUACGGUACUUAAAACAGUGCAAGAAAUGUCCAAACAUCUCCAGCAGAACACUGCAGUAAUCACAUUUGAUCAGGCAAUUUAUUCCAAGGCAAAGGAAAUCCACUGGCGUUAUCCAGAAGAGUUCCAAAACCUGGUGAUUCGCUUAGGAGGGUUUCACAUUGCACUCAAUUAUUUGGCCUUGAUCGGAAAGAUGUUCCAGGAGAGUGGCUUGGAGGAUGUGUUUAUAGAGUCUGGCCUCUACGGAUCGAGCUCUACUAUGGCACUAUUGCAGGGAAAAUCGUACAACAGGGGAAUUAGAGGACACAAAUUGAUUAUGGAGGCGCUACUGCGUUUGAAAUGGGACGCAUUUUGCUCCUGGGUUAGUAAAGGAGGAGGUGAAGAAGUCGAAAGCGAAGGAGGUGCGAUUCUAAAUCUCGUUGACUCUGUCAUAGAGCGCUACAGAACAGCAACAACAGCUGAAGAGAAGAAAGAGGCCUAUUUGCUGCUUUGUAACACCGCCAACCGUGUUGAGGACUUAUUGACGCGGUUUAAACAAGAAACGUCAUCGAAACUUUUCAAGUUUUGGGACAAGUACAUCGAGAUGAUUCUCCUUCUCCUAGAGUUCAUUCGAGCAGAACGAGAGGGUGACUGGGAGUUACAUCUUAAGGUUACAACAAAGAUGAUUCCUUAUUUUUUUGCAAUGGAUCGCAUGAAUUACUCCCGGUGGUUGCCUGUUCAUAUUAUGGAUAUGCGCAAUCUGCAAGAAAAAGCUCUAGACGUCUACAACGAGUUCCUUAGAGGGAAUCACACUGUCAGCAGGUCAACUUCACAGUCAUUUAACCAAGUCUGGACGGACAUGGCUCUCGAACAGAGCAUUAACCUUGACAGUAAAACUAAAGGUGGCAUAAUCGGUAUUACGCAAAGGCCAAGCGCUCUCCAGAAAUGGUUUUUGACAGCACACGAGAGAACAGCAACCACGACUGCUACCAAAAGAAUGAUAGAUUUGGAUGAAUCUACAAGAAGUACACACAAGGAAUCAUCAAAAGUCAGAGUUCAAAGAGACGAAAAUGACAUCAAGAAGGUCAUGCACACUCUGCAGACAGUGAUGUCUAAUCCGUUCGAUGAAGAUGCGUACAGAGAGGACGUUCCACUAAUGAACCUUGCUACGGGAGUAGUUAUGCCAGAGGAGAUAUCAGAGCAACUUAUUGAUGCCCAAUGUCUAGGAGCAGCGAGGAUGAAGUUAUUUGUGAGCAAGCGUAUCAAUACCAAUGAAGUUGGCUUUUGGGAACCGAUGGAAAAGAUGAACAUAAAAACCUUUGCAAGUUUGUCAAAGAAAGCAAAGGUUAAGUCCGUGGAUGAGAAGCUUGUAACAGUAAGCGCGGACAGAAACUUGUUUGGGCGGCUUUUGAUAGCUUCGCGGUCAAGGGAUAUCGACUUGAGAGAAGUGUUAAAGUACGAGCUGGACUCUGUCCCUUGCGCACUGGCUCAUCCUGAUGGAUCGUUACGGAAAACUACUAGAAGUGUGUUCCUGGGGAUACUCGAGGAACAAGUACAAGCGCUACCCAGACUACCAGUAGAUGAUAGAAUAUCAACUGCGUAUGUGAUAGAUGGCAUGGUAGUGGUGCAAAUGAUGAAGAACGCAGGCUCGGCCACAUUUGGAGAGCUCGCUAACAGGUACUUCCAGUUGAUAACCGCUCAUCUCGGAAAUAAUGGCUGUAAUCGUGUGGAUGUAGUUUUUGAUCGCUAUGACAAGGAAGACUCGAUCAAGGAAGCAGAGCGUGCUCGAAGGGGAUCAUCAUCAAGCUUUGAGGUGCGAAUAUCGGGCCCAUCCACUCCAGUUCCCAAGAAGUGGCAAAACUUCAUCUCCAACCCUGUGAACAAGACCAACCUAAAGGCGUUUCUUGGCAGUACGUGGAAAGAGAUGACAAAGACAAGGCUUGCAGGGGGCCAGAAAUUGGUGUUGGCAGGGUGUUUCAUUCACAGCGAUGACACGUUCGCUGUCACUCAAAAUCAAGAAACUCCUUUGCUUCAUUUAUCAUCCGAUCAUGAAGAGGCUGACACAAGAAUGCUUUUGCACGCAAGUGACUGUUCAAGAGACCACCAAAGGAUUGUGGUGCAAUCCCCUGAUACUGACGUUGCAGCUCUCUGUGUUUAUGCAUGUAACAUGAUCAAUACCCAGCAGUUAUGGUUUCGUACUGGUGUUAAAGACAAGCUUCGUUUCCUACCAGUACACCGUCUAGCGGAGAAGCUAGGUGAGGAUCUCUGCCGUCUUAUUCCCUCGUUCCACGCAUUGACAGGAUGUGACUCAACUAGUGCGCUGUAUCAAAUUGGAAAGCGAAAGGCCUGGAAAGCUUUAUUACAAACAAAGGAUGUGUAUGUAGAUCUGGCGGGCUUAGGUGACAACGUACCACCACUUCAAAGUGUAGCAAAGACGGCUGAAGCGUUCAUAAGCUCUUUGUAUGCCAUCCCAUCAAGAGCUGGUACAACAGCAGAUGAUGUAAGGUAUACUCACGGUCAAAUCAUUAAUUUUAUGUAACUUAUUAGUUAUUAAAAGUGCAUGUCAACAGCAAAAAAAAUCCUUCCCUCAAAAUGCUUUUGUGUUUUCUAGGUACUGGGUGUUCUGUCAGAGAAAACAGAAAAACAAUGGACUGCCGCCUACCUCUGACAGUCUCCAGCUGCAUAUUCAGCGUGCCAAUUACCAAGCAAUGAUUUGGAAGCGAUGUCUGCAAGCCUUUCAGCAAUUACCACAGCCAAUGGGAAAUGGGUGGGAGAAGGGCGAUGACGGCUCCCUGAAGCCCCUUCUAAUGACCAGGGAUGCUGCCCCAAAGGGAUUAGCAGAGCUCACUGUCUGCAAAUGCAUAAAGACAGCCUGCAAGUCCGCUUCUUGCGUUUGCAGAGUCAAUGAGUUGUCGUGCACAGAGGCUUGUGCUUGCAUGGCCUGUGAUUGUGAAAAU